GCCCUUUUUCUUACGAUACAAAAAGGUAGGAUAUAUAAUAGGAAGACUCUGUGCUUUUUCCUUCAUCUCAAUCUCUUUCUCCCCUCCAUCCUGAGAGUGUUACCUAUAUUAUCACACCAUGGGUGUCCCAAUUCUUGCCCGACUACAAGCCUACUUUGACCCUUUGGUCCUCCUCGGCAUCUCAAUAGGUUACCUGCCCAUCACUUUGGUCUUUCAUCCUCUUUUGUUUAUUACAUCCCCCAGAACCUUUCGGUCAAAAUGGUUCGAGAGUUUCUGGCGUGUCAUCGGGCCCAAGAUGGCAGCCUCCGAGGUCCAGGUCGACCACAUCGAGGCGCUCAUGUCCAGGGCCCACGGUACGGUCCUCGAACUCGGACCGGGAGCGGGCGAUCAAAUGUUUCACUACAAACCGAACCAAAUCGAGACUCUGUACGGAGCGGAACCCAACGCCUUUCUUCACCCAAAAUUGACCGAGGUGGCCGAGAAGAAAUUGUGGGGGAAGUUUAUCCCUCUCGAGGCCGGAGCUCAACCUGCUAGUUUACUACCGGCCCUGAAGAAGGCAAAUUUGCUUGUCGGCACCGGCAAGGGCACGGCGACGACAUCGAGUAGUAAUAGUCUGAUACCAGAAGAAGGAGUCUUCGACACCGUCGUCGCCAUCAAGUCAAUGUGUUCGGCGCCCCAAGCCGAGUUGGCAGCGACCGUGGCCGUCGUGCAGGCCCUCCUCAAGCCCGGAGGAGAGUUUCUCUUUUUCGAGCACGUCGAGAACAACACCGACACCAUCACCAUGUCUUACGCCUGGUGUAUCGAUUGGAUCUGGCCAGUGUUCAUGGGCGGGUGUCGACUCAAAGGCAAAGUGGACAAGAUCGUGUUGGGCAUGGGUGGAUGGGAGGAUAGAAAUAUCUCCACCAUCGGUGAUUACAAAGGAUACGAGGUCUUUCGAUACGUCAAAGGAAUCUGUCGAAAGGCUCAUGCCUGAAGUGGAUGGGUCGCAAUGACACAAUAACAACAAAUCUCGACAUAUCGCUACCACGUAUAUACGUACCGAGGUCAGGUAUAUACUCCGUGUGAACAGGCACGAAAUGUAAAUAUUGAAGAUGCCUCCCCAAACUCCUUCAUGCUAUGAG